AUGAAGUUUCUAUAUCUUAUAUUUUUGGCCACGUCAGUUGCUGGCCGAUUCACUGAUGAUUUGUACCAACUUUUGGCCAAAGACAAUGCCAACAAGAAUCUUAUUUCGUCGCCUCUCUCCGUCGAUAUUGCCUUGAGUAUGGUCUACAUGGCAGCUGGGGGAAAGACAGAACAAGAAAUGAAGGACGUUUUGAAACAUCCAGCGGAUAAAAAGGAAGUGGCUCGAAAAUAUAAGGAAUUUCUGACAAACCUCGAAGGUCGCGAGAAGGUGGCCAUCCUCGAUCUGGCCAACCGUAUAUACGUAAAUAAUGGCUUCACUAUAGUUCCGGAGUUCAAUCAAGUGGUCAAGGGCUCCUUUAAGGCCGAAGCGGAGGCUAUCAGCAUAAGCGAUCCUGAUAAAGCCGCUUUGAUUAUCAAUAAGUGGGUGAACGAUAGAACGCGCAGCAGGAUCAAAACCAUUGUUACGGAUAAAGAUAUAUCUCCGGAUCUGGUAAUGAUUCUCUUGAACGCUAUUUACUUCAAAGGUCAGUGGCAGUACGAAUUCGACCCUAAAAGGACCAAACAGGCUGACUUUCGAACUGCCGACAAAAAAACCGUUCCUGUCCAGAUGAUGUCGAUAUCGGGCGCAUUUAAGGCGGGAUAUAUUCACGACCUGGAUGCCAAAGUGAUUGAGCUUCCUUAUCGGAACUCAAGCCUCUCCAUGGUCAUCUAUUUGCCGGAAAAAGUCGAUGGUUUGCCAGAAUUGGAGAAAAAGAUCGCAGGCUUCUCCCGACGGCUUCCAAAGGUGAAUGUGAACUUAAAACUGCCGAAGUUUAACAUCGAACUCACUUCAGAGCUAGGGAAUAUUCUCCAGACGAUGGGCAUACGAGAUGCAUUUAGUCCCAGUGCGGAUUUUAGGGGUCUAGUAGGAAAGAAUGGAGUCAAAAUCAGCAAAGUCAGGCACAAGGCCUUCAUUGAGGUUAACGAAGAGGGCGCCGAGGCAGCAGCUAUUACAGCUGUCAUAAUGGUUUUGAAAUGCUCAUGGUGCGUGCCCCCGUUUCCUUUGGACAUUAACGCCGAUCAUCCAUUUGCCUACGUCAUUCGCGAUGAGAACACCAUUUACUUUCAGGGACACUUUGUAAAACCAGAAAUGCAAAUGAAGUUUCUAUAUCUGAUAUUUUUGGCCACGUCAGUGGCUGGCCGAUUCACUGAUGAUUUGUACCAACUUUUGGCCAAAGACAAUGCCAACAAGAAUCUUAUUUCUUCGCCUCUUUCCGUCGAUAUUGCCUUGAGUAUGGUCUACAUGGCAGCUGGGGGAAAGACAGCCCAAGAAAUGAGGAGCGUUUUGAAACAUCCCACGGAUAAAAAGGAAGUGGCUCGAAAAUAUAAGGAUUUUCUGACAAAUCUCGAAGGUCGCGAGAAGGUGGCCAUUCUCGAUCUGGCCAACCGUAUAUACGUAAACGGGCGCUAUACUAUAGUGUCGGAGUUCAAUCAAGUGGUCAAGGACUCCUUUAAGGCCGAAGCGGAGGCUAUCAGCAUAAGUGAUGCUAGUAAAGCCGCCUCGAUCGUCAAUAAGUGGGUAAACGAUCAGACGCGCAGCAGGAUCAAAACCAUUGUUUCGGAAGAAGAUAUAACCUCGGAUCUGGUAAUGAUUCUCUUGAAUGCCAUUUACUUCAAAGGUCAGUGGCAGUACGAAUUCGACCCUAAAAAGACCAAGCAGGCCGAUUUUCGAACUAUCGACAAAAAAACCGUUCCUGUCCAGAUGAUGUCGCUAUCGGGCGCAUUUAAGGCGGGAUAUAAUCACGACCUGGAUGCCAAAGUGAUUGAGCUUCCUUAUCGGAACUCAAGCCUCUCCAUGGUCAUCUUUUUGCCUGAGAAAGACGAUGGUUUGCCAGAAUUGGAGAAAAAGAUCAUAGGCUUCUCCCAACGGCUUCGAAAGGUGAAUGUGAACUUAAAGCUGCCGAAGUUUAAAAUCGAACUCACUUCAGAGCUAGGGAAUAUUCUCCAGACGAUGGGCAUACGAGAUGCAUUUAGUCAAAGUGCGGAUUUUAAGGGUCUAGUAGGAAAGAAUGGAGUCAAAAUCAGCAAAGUCAGGCACAAGGCCUCCAUUGAGGUUAACGAAGAGGGCGCCGAGGCAGCAGCUGUUACAGCUGUCAUAAUCGUUUCGAGAUGCGCAAGUUGCAAGCGCCCGGGUCCUUUGGAGUUUAAUGCCGAUCAUCCGUUUGCCUACGUCAUUCGCGAUGAGAACACCAUUUACUUUCAGGGACACUUCGUAAAACCAGAAAAAUAAAGUAAAUGAGAGGAGACGCAAAGAGUGCUUACUCCGUUAAACAAUUUAUAAA